GGUGUCUUUUUCUGAAGAGUCAACAAGUUUCAUAAUAUUAUUUCGUUCAGAAAACUAUUGUGUUCGUUCACACACCUAGCAAAACGAAGGGCAAUUUGACAGAGAUGCUGUGUCUAGCACAUAUGGACAAAUAAGAUGUGAAAACUCCAUUGACAACAGCAGAAACUUUUGUCACAACGAACUGAAAGGUAGAGCAGUGAAAAUGAGUGAUCCAGCAGAGACAGCCCCUCUGCUCAAGUCAGUAGAAACCACAUCGGAAUGGAGCGCAGACCGCAUCCGAGCGAGUAAACGAUGGAUCACAAUCGAGCCGGUCAUAUUUACAGCUCUGAUCGCUUACGGGACGAUUGGAACACUGCGCACUGAGUACAUACGGAUGUUGGUGGCAGAAUCAUUUGGUGUGAAUGGGACCGGACUACAGCCGAAUUGCAGCGUCAACCAGUCCGACCCUCAGUACAAGCUUCAGGAAGAGAUUCAAUCUCAGACUUCCUUGUCCGUCAUGUAUCUGCAGCUCUGCAGCGCAUUCUUGAAUAUUUUCUCGGCUCCCGUGCUAAGCUCCUGGAGUGAUCGUUCGGGGCGGAAAGGAGUGUUGUUCCUGGCAGCCCUAGGAAUCUUUGUAAACUGCAUCAUGUAUCUCGUCGUGACAACAUUCAGUCUGUCUCAAUACUUACUCUUCAUCGGGGAGACGGUUCAAGGCCUGACCGGUAGCCUGAUCCUGAUCGUGGCUGCGUCCCUUGCUUAUAUCGCUGACAUCACCACAAAGAAGAAACGCCUGUUCCGCUUUGUCAUCAUCGACACUACGCUGUUCUUUGCCAUCGGCUUGUCCCAAGUCUUGAUGGGUUACAUCGUGAGGGAUUAUGGAUAUAUGCCUCCCUUUGCUGCAGUGUCCGCAGCGCUAGCAGUAGCGCUUCUUUAUAUUGUUUUGCCGCCUUGUUUGAUUGAGACUCGCCGAUGCUCCGAGGAAGAGUCUUCAGCUUUCGCCAAUGAGUUGUCUAUCAUGAUGAAGCGCAUUAUCUUACUGAUGCGUGUCACAGAGGGCAGCAGACACAUCAUUCUCGUCUUAUUGACCAUGAUUGGUUUCUUCACGACCCUCAUGUUCCAGGGCUCAAUCACUAUAGCCGUUUUACUUGGGAUGGGAUCACCAUUUUGCUGGUCGACUGUUACUGUAGGGAUAUAUACAGCGGUUACAUUGAUGACAUGCUGCCUUGGUCUUCUGGUGGGCGGAGUUACCCUCCCACUUUGUCUCAAGGAACAUUGGAUUCUCUACAUCUGCUGUUUCAGUUCAGCCGCAGCUUACCUGGUCACAGGAAUAGCGCCCUCGACUCUGUUUCUCUUCGUAGGAAGUGCCAUUGGUUGUCUUCGUACUCUAACGGGGCCAGUGGUCAGGGCGGUCAUGUCCAAGGCAGUAAUGGAGCAGGAGCAAGGUGUUGUAUUUGCUAUUAUUGGCGUGAUAGAGAGUGUAGCAGGGUUCGGAUCCCCUCUGCUUCUCGGUAGCCUGUUUGCAGCAACGGUGGAGACGUACGGUGGUAGUUUAUCAUUCUACUUUCUAGCAGGGGUCAAUGUUAUCCCCAUCACCCUUAUAUUUAUUCUUCACAUAAUCACUGUGCGAUCAAAGAACCAAGAGAGCAAAAAUGUCCAGACUUCUCAGGAAGAAAAGCCAAAUGACAAGGUGCUUUAGGAAGCGGCAUCAGUUCUGUAGGAAUAGGCUGGAAUUUUCCCAUCUACAUCAACUGAGGCAUGUAAACACUAAAUUAGCCCUGCUAAGCAAGAAAAAAAGACGUUUAGGGUAAGGACAUGAUAAUGGAUGUGAUGUGAUAUAGUUUUGAGAUCCCGACAAAAUUAAUUUUUUAAUUUACUGCCUC